AUGUCUGCACUGAGCGCCAUGUCUGCGGACAAAAUCAGCGAUUUGCUGGAUGAGUACGGGAUAAAACACGGUCCUGUUGUCGAGUCCACCCGAAGAUUGUACGAAAAGAAAAUCCGAGAAGCCAUGGCCAAAGGAGAAAUGGUUUCGCUGACAAACCCGGACAAAACCUACUACAGAGAGGAAGAGGAGGAAGUUACAUAUGUUUACAGUACACCUGCCAGGAGUGAUUUACCAAAAGAAAAACACUACAGCUACGGCACAGGAGCAACACCCGUGAAAUGGCAGCAAGAUGUUCCCAAAGCACCUCAAUCAUCACUCUCCAUCCCGGUCUGGGUGCAGUUGGUGUUCUUUGUCGUCGCGGUGAUCUUCCUCUACUUUGUCUUCUCAAACAUGGAGACAAACGAUUACACCAGGAGCAUAGAAUAG